UAUUGUGCAACAGAAGAAAACAGGAAGUGUGUAUGUUUAAGUCGCAGAUAUAAACCUCAGGCUUUACUCUUAUCUAAGGUGAGUAAAAUCGAUGUGAUACUCUAUUUGACACUCUAAAACGAACUUGUUUUCUUUUUUGUGUGUCUUUCGUCGUUUUCAUGUAUGUUUCUUAACCAAGGAAUAACUGAAGGCUUAUGCCACUGACUGCUGGUCAGUGCAGUUAACAGCACUGAUAACUCGAAACGUAAAAAUGAGUGUCAGAGGUGUCAGAAGCCGCAGCUUCUCUUUUCAGGACGUAUGAGGCACACCCGGUCAUAACCUGUCGAUUUAGGCCUAUUCCUUAUUUGGUCACCUUGUGCACCUGUAAACCACGCCCACUUCCUUAUCAUGAGCCGUCUGUAGUGAAUAAAAACUAAAGCAACAGCAUCUCUGGAGCUGAAGAGAAACUGAAGAGACUGAAGAAUACAGCUGACUCACAAUGAUUGACCUCUCAUCUCUGUCUGUGACCUGGAGCCUGGUGGUUCUGGUCAUAACUCUCCUGUUUAUUUACGGUGUUUGGCCACAUGGAUUUUUCAAAAAACUGGGAAUUCCAGGACCAAGACCUUGGCCUUUCCUUGGCACAUUUCUCCUAUACACUAAAGGUUUGUGUAAUUUUGAUAUGGAGUGUGCUAAGAAGUAUGGAAAAGUUUGGGGGAUUUAUGAUGGAAGACUCCCAAUAUUAAUGGUCACUGACCUGGAAAUGAUCAAAGCAAUUAUGGUGAAAGAUUGUUAUUCUACCUUCACUAACAGAAGAGACACAAAUGCAGACCUGGCCGGCCCCUUUGCUGAUGGAAUAAGUAUAGUUAAAGAUGAGAGAUGGAAACGAAUUCGUGGUUCACUUUCUCCAUACUUCACAAGUGGACGACUGAAGGAGAUAUUUCCCAUAGCUGUGACACAUGCAGAUCGUUUUAUUAAAAACAUGCAAAAGCGAGACCACAAGCAGCCAGUUAAAAUAAAAGAAGUUUUCGCUCCAUACAGUUUGGAUGUCGUCACCAGCUCCUCCUUUAGCGUUGACAUCGACUCCAUAAACAACCCGGAUGAUCCUUUCGUUACUAACAUCAAGAAGUUUUUCCAGUUCAAUCUGUUCAGUCCUCUCAUUCUGCUUUUCACUUUAUUUCCCUCCAUUGCAAUUCUUUUUGGAAAAAUGGGGAUAAGUCUUUUUUCGAGGUCGUCUAUGGAUUUUUUCUACAAUGCCUUGAGAAAGAUUAAGGACGAGCACAGCAAGAAAUCAGAUGGUCGAGUAGAUUUUCUCAAGCUCAUGAUCCAGAAUCAAAUACCUGAUGAUCAAGCUAAGGACGAUACAAGUGAACAACCAGUUAAAGGACUAACAGACCAUGAGAUUCUCUCCCAGUCCUUUGUUUUCAUCCUCGGAGGUUAUGAGACUACAAGCACCACUCUCACUUUCCUCCUCUAUAAUCUUGUGACUAAUCCAGACUCCCUGGAAAAGCUGGUUGAGGAGAUUGACACAAACUUCCCUCCUGAUACUCCCAUCACAUACGAUGCAUUGAUGAAAAUGGAUUACUUGGAAAUGGCCAUCAACGAAUCAAUGCGUCUCCUUCCCACUGCCCCACGUUUAGAAAGGGUCUGUAAGAAGACUGUGGAGAUCAAUGGUGUGACAAUACCAAAAAACACUCUGGUUGGAAUUCCUACAUAUGUUUUAUGCCGUGACCCGCAGCUCUGGGAUUCUCCUGAUGAGUUCAGACCGGAGAGGUUCAGCCCAGAGAAUAAAUCAGAGGUUAACCAGUACGCUUUCAUGCCUUUUGGACUCGGGCCUCGAAAUUGCAUUGGAAUGAGAUUUGCCCUAAUGCUCAUGAAACUGCUUGUUGUGAAGCUUCUUCAGAACUUCACUGUGGAAACCUGUAAAGAGACACAGAUCCCUCUGGAGCUGAAUGUUAUUUUUCAGCCGAAGGUUCCCAUCACACUGAAGUUUACUCCAAGAUCUCACAAGGAAAAACAAUAAAUAAAAUACUGAUCAUUUCAACAUAAUUAUGUAGAAGAUGUUAUACAAGUUAAUCAGUAUAAGAAAAACUGCAUACAGUAUAGUUUCAUUUUAAAAUAUCACAUAUAUCUCUUGUCCUUUCUUUUUUUUUCUUUUUUUUUUUUUUUUACACUCUUUUAGAUUUGCUCAUGGUUUGCUGGGCCUUGAGCUCUUCCUGAUUCAUUCAUGUUUUAUACAGUUUGGAAUGUAAAAAUAAUACAUUUUAUUAAAAAGAAUUAUAAUUGUACACAUUUAAUAAAAUAUAAGCAAUAAAUGC